GGAACUGAAGUCAUGUGAUGUGAGUGCAGUCCGGACCUGAUUAACACCAGCACUGUUUACGUCCCGCUGCAGCACGGAUGUAGCAGCAAACAGGCUGACUGUGAUUAAAAAUGUACUCUCACGGUUCCGAGAGUUUAAUUAAACAAGCGAGGGAGAUUCAGGAGUCUGAGCUGCAGAAAUUUUACAGCCGACUUGUGAAGCUGCUUCAGGUCAAGGAGCUCGGCCAUGAGACGCUGGACUCGCUGCAGAGGCUGCACCUCAUCCUCUCUGCUAAUAAAUACACCAGAAGGCUGCCCUCAGAUCUCCAGCAGAGGCUCCUGUUGCUCCUGUCCUCACCUGCUGAGCAGCUUCAGGUGUUGAGCUAUGCUGUGCUGAAGGAAACGCUGCCCUCUUCUGGUGAAGAGCGGAACAUCAGUCAGCUGAACACUCAUGCUGCUGCUCUGCUCGUAUCACAGGAAUCCAGAGCCGGUCUGUCCAACCUCUGUGCACAGCUCAUUCAUGGUCUGGAAGGCCGGGUAUCCGACGGGCCGGCUCGCUCGCUCAUGUUCACCCUGCCAGUUCUCAAGAGCAUCCUCACACUCAGCCCAGAGUGCCUUACUGAAGAACAUGUGAUCAUCCUGAGUAAAAAGCUUGUCGACUGGCUGCGUUAUGCAAGCAUUGUGCAGGGAGGUGGAGCCUCUUCAGGAGGUUUCUUCAUAGGCCCCAGGUCCCGUCAACCUUUGCCUACCGCAGAGCUGGAUGGGUCGGUGUCAGGGGACUUCUUCACUGUGCUCUGCGUGGGACAAGGAUUCACAGAGGACCAAUGGAUGAACGUCUAUUCGUUUUCCAUGCUGCGUCAAUGGCUCCUCACCUACCACUCUGUCUCCAGUGGCAACAACACAAUGGACGCUGCAAACAGGCUGCAGCUCAGCCUCUCCUUCUCCCACUCCUUUUCCAAUGAUGAUCGAUCGGAGGUGGAUGGAUCAGUGGUUUCCAUGGUUUCAGUAACAUCCUCCUCCAGCCGUCUUCUUCCUCCGAAGGAGCGUCUUAGAGAGAAAGCUUUCGAGUACUGCCAGCGUCUGAUCGAGCAGUGUGAUCGCAAGGCGCAGAAGAAGACAGACACGGACCUGCAAAAAGCGUGCAUGGUGGAGGCAGUGAGCAUCCUGGACUGCGUGUGCGUAGAAGACCCGUCCUUGGUCUUCCGUGCCUUCCCGUCUAUAAAGGCUCUGUUCGGUCGGCUGAGCCUGGAUCUGUCAUUCGCCAGAGUCCUGCUGCCCAUAGCGCAGUUCUACCUCAACCAUGGUGAAAUGGCAGCUGUGGACUGUGAGAGUGUGUGGAAGUUGGUCUUUGGCCGCUUCCCUGCAGAACUCUUUAACGACCCCUUCCUUGCCCAUGAGCUGCUGCGCUUCCUUCGACUGAACCUGGAGAGUCUGCAGCUUCGGACUCCGGAGUUUAUACGUUUCCUCCCAAACCUCCUGAAGUUUUUAGCAUGGGAUAGUUCAGCAGUUGUGGAUGACUUUGUGGAUCUACUGCCCUCCCUGGUUACUGAAGGAACUGCAGUGGAGAUGCUUCAUACUCUGCUGGACCUACCUUGCCUUUCCGCCACACUCGUCUUGCAGCUCAGGUCCAUGUCUUUGCCCAUCUCGGAGCCGAGCAACCGAGGCCUUCUGUCGCUUGAUGCAUUUCGAAACCCCGCUUUCAGAGGACUUUUCCUCUUUCUGCUUCGAGUGGAGACAGGCUCAGGUCACACAAUUGACCGACUAAGCACGCUGCAUGACCUGCUGGCUGAGGCUGCUGACUGGCCCAGAGUCGUCUGCUGUGCUCAGACUGUUCCCGUGCUGCUGCACAUUUAUUUCAACACAGUUGUGACGGUGGCGGAUGAGAAGCUGUUAGCCCAUCUGGUUCUGGUGAUGCUGGAGAGGAGCAGUCUCCUUUUCGCCAUCCCCACAUACAGGAAAGAGAUACACAGGGUGUUGAGCUGUCACCUGUUGAGGCUCUGCAAGCUCCGGCCCUCUCUGGUUGUGGACCAGUCACAUCAGCUGCUGGAGUUUGUGGGGACUACAGCCAACGUCUACAGCCAGGAAGAAGUCUACACUCAUGUGGUCUGGGUGCUAGGGGAAUACCUGUCAGUGUCGUCUGACUCCCGCUGCUCUGUGACUCUCAUCACUUCCUGUUUUGAAACUUUGGAGGCGGUUCUGUUUGAAAUAACUUCUUCAGCCCCGCCUCCUGGAACGGUGUGCCCCGCCCCUAAAGUUAUUACCACUUUGAUGAGCGCGCUGGCUAAACUGGCGUCACGAUCACAUGACCUCAUUCCAAGGGUUUCUCUUUUCUUCUCCAAGCUAAGAACUGUAGCCAGAAGCGGGUCGGCCGUCUGGUGCUCCGAUGAAGAUGACCUCGUAGCCAUAGCAACGCGCGGUGAGGAGUUAUGGUCUCUGUUAAAAGCACCCGGUGUGGCUCAGAGCGUCCUGACCCCACCCCCUCACGUCAUGACGCCGCGGUGGCACAGGGACACAAACCUGGCAAUGCCUCUGCAGCUUCGAGUCCUCACCAGGCUGACACACUCACAGUGACACACACACAGACUCUAUUGUCCGACUCUGGUACUUAUCAUGCAUGAGCUGAACAACUAACACCUUCGUCUGGAAAUUUGUUUGCAUUUUGCACCUUUUUUUUUUGUAAACACAUAACAUGAUUCCUUUGAAAUUUAAUUAUCAGUUGUAAAAGUAAGUCUUACAGUGCUUUAAAUGUUCUUAUUUAUUACAAUGAUUUCACUGAAAUAUAUAAUUUUUACAAAAAGUACUUCUGAUUUAAAAAAAAAAAAAAAAACCAACUUCUCACUUCCUGAGUAAGUAGUGUCUUAAAACGGGAACAAACUUAAAAAAAAAGUCCUCUUAUUUGUGGUCCUUACUGUCCUUGUUUAGGUAUCACCAGUAACAAUCAACAUUUGUGUGAAAAACCUACAUGUUUAGCAUGUAUAUAUCUACAUUGUGUAAUGUAGAUUCAGCUGAUUGGUUGGAAAUUGUACUUUAAAGGUAACAUCUGUUAACAGAAAAGGGUUUUGUGAAUAUAAGUGCAUCACAUUAACAAAAUAACUGGCAUUCGCAGUCCAGGUAUUUCUACACCAACACAAAAUGAGACCAUCAAAAAUAAUUUAAAGUUUUUUUCUACUUAUAUUGCAAUUCAACUUAAAAAAACAAGUAUUAAAAACAUAAAAUUUGCAAAUACCUGGUUGCAUAAAUUGACACAUCCUUUCUCUGAUGCUUUGUUGAUUAAUUCUAUUUCAGCACAUUUCUUAAUCUGAUCAAACUGAAAUAAAGCUCAGCUGUUCCAGCA